AUGAUGCUAUUAGCAUCAUCAUUAAAAAGUUCGAUGACACAGGAAGUUGCCACCGCCACUGUGAUAACGACAACAACAACACCAACGGAAAGUUCAAAUUUUACCAAUAAAUUGCAAACGGAAAUUGAAGAAAAAAGAAGGGAAGAUGAAAAUUCCUCAAUAACUGAUAUACCAGCAACAACAACAGAAAUAGCAACAGUACUUAAUGUAACACAGGACACCACUACAACAACAGAAGCAGCAGCAACAACGGCAGCACCAGUCAAUAGUAACAAAAUUGAGCUAAUAACUGAUGCUCCUCCAUUAACGACAACCACAACGAAGAUGACUAACCAGACCACAACCUCACACACUGAUCCGCAUACAGACGAUCCAUCAUCAUCAUCGCCUAACGUUACUUUGACCUCUGAUCUGUAUUGUAACCCCUCGCUGUGUGAAUCAUACAACGGCACCCACACACAAGUGUUGCCACACGUUGCUUGCCACAAUCCUGGGCACUUUGCUGCAACCUGCGGUGCCCAACCACACCUGCUGCACAUGAGCGAACGACGUCGUAAUCUCAUUUUGGCUUUGCAUAAUUUGGCACGUUCCCGCAUAGCAUCGGGUCAAGUGGCCGGUUACAAACCAGCCUCGCACAUGCCACAAAUUAAAUGGGACACCGAAUUGGAGCAUUUGGCCACGUUGCACGUGCAACGUUGCAGCUUUACUCAUGACCUGUGCCGCAAUACGCCCCGCUUUCCCUACAGCGGCCAGAAUAUCGGUUACUAUUGGAUAAGACGUGAAAUCAAGUCGCAUUCUCGUCGCAUGAAAAACUUUAUUGUCAAUUGGUUUAAGGAACACAUCGAUGCCAAUCAAUCAUUCAUUGAUGCGUAUCAUUUGCAUCCGGAGGGCAAGAAAAUUGGUCACUUCACACAAAUGGUAGCCGAUCGUGUACAUCGUGUCGGUUGUGCUGCAAUUCGUUAUCAUGAACCGGAUCAACCACUGGAUACUAAAUUCCUAAUGACCUGCAAUUAUGAUUAUACAAAUAUCUAUACGGAACCAAUAUAUCAGAGUGGACCACCAGCAUCGAAAUGUGCCUAUAAUAUAAGUGAAGAAUAUCCGGCUCUAUGCGAUUGGAAAGAAGCUAACUAUGAAUAUGAAAUUGAAGACGAAGUGGCGGAGAAUGCCACAUUUAAUGAUGUACGAUAUUAA